AUGUUCCAGCGGAUUCGCCGCGUCUCCUUCCCACACCCCAAGCGCAGCAUCGGAAUAUUCGAGGACCAAGCGCCGGCUUUUCCCGGCGCGAUGACGGAUCUCAUCGCCCUCGACGCUGCGUUUCACUGCCUUUUCGCGGCAGAAGAAGCCGGUGUGGCAGAUAUGCCGAUGAAGCAGAUGGUGCCAGUGCGAUUCGACAGGGUACGCCUGCAUUCAGCGAGCACGAUGGCCGCAAAGGUCGUUGCACACACGUUGCGUCAGUCGCCCACGUCGAUGCUGAUCGAUAUCGAGCUCUUGGACGCCAGCGACAGGGUCAUAUUGUCCGCCGAACGCGUCCGUCUGGUGGAGAUACCGGCCGCCAAGGAAGUCGACUCGAAUUCGCUUGUCUAUCGGACCACCGCCUAUUUCCUGGAUCGGGCAGGUAUGCCGUCGCACUUGGUGGCGGAGGCCACUCCCGCAAUCGAUGCUUCGCAUGAGGCGGAUGCCAUCGGCGAAGCACUGAUGCUUCUUGAGGCUGGAUGUCUGCGUCAGGCUUGGGCGGCGUUUCGCUCCUUUGAUCCUGCGGCAACCGCAAUCGCCGAGACGGAAGGUGAUUGGCAUGGAUAUCUGACGUCUGCAUUGCUUUGGCAUCUGGAAACGAGGGAACUCGCCCGGGAAGAAAACGGCAGUCUUUCACUCGUAGAAGAUUGCAAUCUGCCGACAGUUCCUUCCGUCGUGCAAUCACUGCUGGCACGACAUUCCACGAUGGCUUCGGAAGCGGCCGGCCUCGCAAGACUGAGCGAGAUCAUCGACCGGCUCGUCGCGGGCGAUGCGACCGUCGCGGCCGACCUGCGGUCUGCUCACUGGCGCCAACUGGAUGUUGUUUCCGAACAGAUCUCGCUACUACGGCGCCUGAUCCACCGGCAGAUCGAGCGGGUAUUGAAUGCCCGCGCGCCAGAUCGUUUUCUUCGUGUACUCAUGGUGGGAGCCCACCAUUCCGUCAUCGUUGCCCAGCAUUUCGAACGACUAUCCGGUGUCGAGUUUUUCAUCACGGACAUUGAUGCCGAUCGGUUGGAGCACGCGCGUUCUACGCUUGGCAACGACUCGACCAGAAUCCAUUGCGUCUCAUGGGAAGAGCUCGAUGGCUUUCCUGCCGGUUCGUUCGACAUCGCGGCGGCGAUCGACGCCCUGAGUGAAAUUGCGGCAUCCCAGGACGGCCUGCAGCGCCUCAGGCGCGCGCUGCGGCCUAACGCACCUCUCAUAGCCGGUGAACCGGCUCCCAGUCUGUUUUGGGACCUUAUCCGUGGCAUUCGUCCGAGCUGGUGGGCGCGUUCGGCAAACGCCGAAUUCCCGGUUGGCGCACUGUUGACGAGCCGGGAAUGGUCCGACGAGCUGGCCCUGGCCGGAUUCGCAAAGAUCUCGGUGACACCCGUACUGGAAGACGAGACCAUCGGAAUGGUGCUCAAUGCCGCUGCAGUUGAAGAGCGGCACGAUCUGGAGGGAGAACGCGAAGGGCAUUGGACGUGGCAUGGCACGCAGAGCCCCAAGACGCGCCAGCUGCAGGCAUUUAUGGAUCGGCGGUCAGGGGAACGAGAGCACCUCGGGAAGCGCACUGCCGGAGGAGUGAUCUGGCAGGUUGACGCCACAACCGAGUUCAAUGCGGACCAUCUUGCCACUCAUCUCGAUGGAAUUGCAGAUUGCGCUCGACAUCACUCGCCGCCGGCCAAUGCUAUCGUCGUGCUGGUGGAUUUCGGUGAUGGUCAACGCCACCACUGCGCAUGCCUGCAAGAACCCAUAUGGACGGCAUUGGCAGCGGCCUUGCGCGUCAUGCAGAAUGAAUUUCCUCAACUUUCCAUACGCCAUGUCGGCGUCGCAGGCUCUCAAUCGGCGUCUAAUUUCUUCGAACUCAUCGCAAACGAGAUUUGCUCUCCAGAUGACGAACGCGAGGUCCUUUACUGGAAUGGCGAAAGGCUCGUAUUUCGCGUGCAGCGCGGCUUGUUGGCUGAAACGCAGAUAGUGCCAAGUACCGAGACCGAAGCCCUGCAGCUCAUGGCGCGUAGCGCCGCUACGCAUGGUUCUUUGCUAUGGCGCUCCCGACCGAAGAUGGCGCCCGCAGCGGGAGAGGUCGGCAUUGAAGUGCGCGCGACUGGUCUCAACUUCCGAGACGUGAUGUGGAAUCUUGGCCUCUUGCCUGAGGAAGCACUCGAGGAAGGCUACGCCGGAGCGUCUCUGGGCAUGGAAUGCUCAGGCGUUGUUUCUGAGGUUGGCGAAGGCGUUUCAAACCUCACUGUCGGAGACAAUGUCGUCGCCUUCGUGGAAGCAGGCUUUGCAACCCACGUAACCGCUCCCGUCUUCGCUGUUCGACGUAUACCUCAUGGGAUGUCUUUCGAAGUCGCAGCAAGCGUCCCUGUGGCUUUCCUGACAGCCUACUAUUCGCUCGUUCGCCUGGCGCAGAUCAGACAAAAUGAAAUCGUCCUAAUUCAUGGCGGAGCAGGGGCCGUUGGACUUGCCGCCUUGCAGGUGGCGCGGGCCAGGGGAGCGCGUGUAAUUGCUACGGCUGGCACCGAAGAGAAGCGCGCAUUGCUGCGAGACCUUGGCGCCGAGAAGGUUCUGAAUUCGCGUACCCUAUCAUUCGCAGACGAUGUCAUGGCGCACACGAACGGGAAGGGCGUCGAUAUUGUCCUCAACUCCCUGGCGGGCGAAGCCAUGAUAAGAUCCAUGGAUUGCCUACGGCCGUUCGGGCGCUUCAUCGAACUCGGCAAGCGUGAUUUCUACGCAAAUACGCAUGUGGGACUCAGGCCGUUCCGCAAGAAUCUCUCCUAUCACGGCGUCGACGUCGAUCAGUUGAUCGACGACCACAGCGAUCUUAUUGAAGAGAUGUUCGAUGAAAUCCUCGAUUACUUCAGAUCAGGAGACCUCAAGCCCCUGCCGUAUUGUCUCUUCUCGGGCGAGCAUGUCGCUGAGGCCUUCCGAUUUAUGCAGCGGUCUUCACACAUUGGAAAAAUCGUCGUUUCGCCGGCCAAGGUCGCUACGCUCCCCAGAUCUGCAAUGGGGAAAUUCCCGGUUUCUCCAGAUGGCUGGCAUGUCGUCGUUGGAGGUACCAGCGGCUUCGGCUUUGCGACCGCGGAAUGGCUGAUUGAACGCGGCGCGAAGCACGUCGUUCUCGCCAGCCGGUCGGCUUCUCCCGGCGAAGCCUUGCAAACCAGGAUCGACGAAUUCCGGCGGGACGGAAUCGAGAUCGGCGUGAUGGUGCUGGAUGUCGGUGAUGCCUCGGCGUGCAGAAGGGUGUUUGCGGACCUUGCCGGCAUUCGUCCAAUUCGCGGCAUUGUACAUGCCGCCAUGGUUCUGGAUGAUCGCCUGAUCCAGAACAUGGAUCGGGAAGCGAUCCAAAAGAAGGAUGUCGAGCCCUUCGACCAUGCCGAUGGCGAGAUCGUGCGGUCGGUCGACACGAACGGCCGCUUCAGCUUCGCCGGCCGGCAGCUCAAGGCUUUCAAGGCGCUGUCCGGCAAGCGCAUUGCGCUCCGGCCCACCGACAAAGACGGCGUCUACGACCUCGUCUUCCGCAACAUCGUGCUCAAGCCCAUCGACCUCCAUCGAUAA